AUGCCCAAGUCCAAGCGCGCGAAGGUGUUCAACCUCACCCAGGUCACCAAGAAGAACCGCGAGCAGAAGGAGAAGCUCUUCGAGAACAUCAGGGAAUCCAUCCCCAACUACCAGCACUGCUUCGUCUUCAGCAUCGAUAACAUGCGCAACAACUACCUGAAGGAUGUCAGAAAGGAGCUGAACGACUGCCGCAUCUUCUUCGGCAAGACCAAGCUCACCGCCCGCGCCCUCGGCACCACCCCCGAGGACGCCCAAGCCGACGGGCUCGACAAGCUCUCCAAGUACCUCGCCGGCUCCGUCGGCCUGAUCUUCACCAACCGCGACCCCCAAGAGAUCAAGGACUACUUCGUCAACCUGACACAAGUCGAUUUCGCCCGCGCCGGCUCCGUCGCCACGCGCACCAUCACCAUCCCCUCGGGUCCCCUCUUCAGCACCGGUGGCGAGGUCCCCGCCGAGCAUGACGUGCCCGUCUCCCACACCCUCGAGCCCGAGCUCCGCCGCCUCGGCAUGCCCACCCGCAUGGUCAAGGGCAAGGUCUGCCUUGGUGACGAGGCCGGCGAGGGCGACGAUUACGUUAUCUGCAAGGAGGGCGAGACGCUCGACUCGAGGCAGACGAGGCUGCUCAAGCUGUUCAGCAUCUGUUUGAGCGAGUUCCGCGUCAAGUUGUUGGCGUACUGGAGCGCGAGCAGCGGGGAGGUUACCGAGUUGGAGAAACCUGCCGCGGCGCCCGCUGGUGGUGCCGAGGAGAUGGAGGAGGAUGAUGAGUAA